UUUUUCUCAUCCGGCGCCGCCCUGUAUUCCCGAAACUGCCCUCGGAAUCUCUCCCCAACGCUCGCCCUCGCUCCCUCCCAUCCUCAUCUUCCUCGCCGCCGCCCAGAUCCGGCGUCCCCGGCCCCGGUCCCGGUGGCCCGCAGCUCGCGGCAGGCCGCCCGGUCGGUCUCUCCUCCCAAUCGAAGCUCGGCCCCGCCCCACCCCGCCGGGCAGCUCCUCCCCGACGCCCUCCUGCAGGAAGUAUUGCCAAAAGACAAAAGGGAGACACGGAUCACGAUGGCGUUACGACAGGCACUGGGAUGGUCUGACGGGGAGGUGAUGCGGCCAGAGUCGAAGACCUGCUCCCGCCUGAUGCGUCACACCGCGGGCAUCUUCUCCGUCGGUGGCGCCCUCGCUUCCUGGGUUCUCUGUCGCCUUCACUAUGGUCCGAGGAUAACGGUCCCGAGGAGCCUGAGGUGGGCAUCCUGUGGAGCGAUCUGCACGAGCUUGGCGUCGGCCUCGCUGGUGCGGCUCUUGAGCCCGGAGUGCGAGCCGCAGAACAUAGCGGCUUACGACAGGCCCGAACACAAGCCUGCAUAGCAGUGGUACAUGUAUCUUGGAGGCGAGGUUCUUGAUGAUCUAUCCCAGGAGAUGGAGACUCGUUCAUCUGCACCUUGUCGUGUGAGAGAGGUUCAUUUACCCAUAUCGUAGCUGCCCUGGACCUGGUUGCUGCGCGAGUCUGAUGGUGUGCGGUGAAAGGUCCAGGAGCUCAAUGUGUCUUUUUUUGCCCUGGCUGUUGCUGCUGGGUGUUUUCUUCUUCUGAAACUAGUGCAUUCAGUACUUCCUCUGUAACUUAACAUGACAGUGCUAAAAAGGUCUGAAACUAGUA